GAGAGAGAGAGAGAGGGAGAGGGGGGGGGGGGGUGUUCUUUGUCGCUUCCGCCUUCUGGCGCACAUUCAGACGCAAACUGCGCUUUACUACAAACAGACUGACGCGCAAAACACCAACGGCCAGACUCCACUUUUAAAGAAAACUCCAAAAAAAAAAAAAGAACAACCAAAAACUACAGUUAGUUAUAAACGCCUUUAAGAGCCCCCGGAGUGACCAGAAGAAACAUGCAGGCGGAGGAAAAAGACAUUUUGAAGUUCUUCUCCUCUCCGGUGGCGGAGGAGCAGCAGGAGGAGGAUUUUUGGUGACAGAAAGAAAAAAAAAAAAAAAAAAAAAGGUGAAGAAAGAAGAAGAAGAAACCGCAUCGUCGAAGGACCCAAAAGCAGAAAACAGGAGAGGCGACACUCCCAGUGCAGAUUUUGUCGCUGUGCUGGCUGAAUGCAAAAGAAAUUCUGAAAGCUGUUAUCCGGUCCCCCCUGCAUCUUCACGGGGAGAUUGUCAGAUGUUUACCCAGCAAACAAAGCCGCUGGCUUGGCCGCGGGGAUGGCAACCUCUGCCCUGAACCUCAGUGGCCUCACUGGAGUCAUGAACAGCAAUAAUCAGUUUCAGACCCAGACAAAGUCCACGAGUCCAGCCUCCAGAGCCAGAACCAGUCCGGUUGGCCGACCUGUGCUACCGGUUCCAGAUCGGAGCACAUACUGUCAGUUAUUGGGUGGGAGGUCACUUGGAGGAGAUCUGUAUUGCCCAAUUAGCCCCAAGAUAAGUCCCCACCACGGGGAGUUGACUCCGACUUUUGUCUUCCCUCCCUCGUCCUCGCUCUGCCCAAGCCCCGCCCCGCGCCCUCAGUCCCCUUCCCCGCGACGGCCAGAGCUCUUAGGAGUCAACGUGGGCCAGCGGGUCCGAAGACUGAGCUCGCCCAGUGGCGAGGAGAGAGGGGACGGAGAAGGAGAAGAGGAGAGGGGAGGAGAGACGGGAGGUGGGGAGCGGCGAGAGGAGAGGAGACGCCAAGCGCAGCUGCUGCAGAUUCACAAAGAGCUGCAGAACGUAGAGGUCAGGGGGAAAGUUGGCAUUUUUGAAGGCCAUAUUUCAGGGAUUCGUGCCCAAGUGCUGAAUUUGGAGCUCCAGCGUAGUCCUCGAUCUCCAAAACGAUUGACAGUCCAAAGUCCUUUUCCUCCCAGCCAGCCAAACACGGAACACUCAGAAAUUCAGGAGAAACUGUUUCCUAUUCUCCAUAAUGGAAGAGCAAGUGGGGAAGGAGUAGAGGAAGGAGAAAGGAAGCAUGCUGGGAAGUACAAUGCUGAUAGUGGGAAUACGGAGAACAAGGCACCAAGUGGUAGGAAUGGCUGCCAUUUAGAAGGAAGUCUUUUUUCAGACGGACCAGUUGUUGCUUACGAUUCCCUGGAGAUGCUGGAGACAGAUGCUGCAAUGGACAGAGACAAAGAAGAGAGAAGACAACUGGUAGAGAAAGGGGGAGGAAAAGACAGUGGGGAGAUGGAACGUGAACAAAUGCUGAGAGAUGGAAGGUGGAGUGAUAACAGAGGAAAAAUGAGAACUCAGACAACAGAGGAUUGGUUGUGCAAUGAGAUGCUAAUCCAGAGGGAGAGAGGUGCCAGAUGUGAGGUCAACCCAGAAUACCCCGCUGUACCUCAGACUCCCAGCGGUGAGACCUCCCCGUGUUUGUUGGACACUACGGAGCAAACUUCUUCUGACCCUCCUUCCAUCCCUUCAGUCAUUAUAACUGACCACGGUUUGGAAAACCAACCUCAAGGCCUGAGCUCAGACCAAGGACUCCAAUGCACCCCGAGCCCAAAUUCAAGCCCCAUCCCUGGUUCGAAAUUCUCCAGCCGCUCCCUCAGGAAGCUUUCGUCUUCCUCCGCCUCCUCGGCUGGCUUUUCCUCGUCUUGGGAGGAGUCAGAAGACGACAUCUCCAGUGAUCCGGAAAAAGGAGAUCAGCUUCUCAAUCCAGCAGUUCUCACUUCCCAGCAGAAAGCGCACAAGUCUUGGAAGAAGAUUAAGAACAUGGUCCACUGGUCACCGUUUGUCAUGUCCUUCAAAAAGAAAUAUCCCUGGAUACAACUGGCUGGACAUGCAGGGAGCUUCAAGGCCGGAGCCAACGGACGUAUAUUAAAAAAACACUGUGAGUGUGAGCAGCGCUGUUUGUCCCUCCUGAUGCUGGACGUGCUGCAGCCGUAUGUCCCCGGUUACCAUGGAGAUGUAGAAAAGGAUGGUCAGAAAUACAACCAGAUGGAGGAUCUGCUGGCUGAGUUCGACUGUCCAUGCGUGAUGGACUGUAAGAUGGGCGUGAGGACCUACCUCGAGGAGGAGCUGACCAAAGCACGCAAGAAGCCCUCUCUGAGACCGGACAUGUACCAGAAAAUGAUUGAGGUGGAUCCGGCAGCACCCACAGUGGAAGAGAACAAGCAGAAGGCGGUGACCAAACCUAGAUACAUGCAGUGGAGGGAAACCAUAAGCUCAACAGCGACACUGGGGUUUAGGAUAGAGGGAAUCAAGAAGGAGGACGGCACGGUGAACCGAGAUUUUAAGAAGACAAAAACGAGACAGCAGGUUAGAGUGGCCUUCCAUGACUUCGUCAAAGGAAACAAGGACAUACUUAAUGGUUACCUCUUCCGACUGAAGGACAUCAGAGGCACUUUGGAAAUCUCUCCGUUUUUCAAAACCCAUGAGGUGAUUGGCAGCUCCUUGUUAUUCAUUCACGACAGUAAGGGCCGGGCCAAAGUGUGGAUGAUUGACUUUGGGAAGACCACGCCUCUUCCUGAAGGGCAGGAGCUCACCCACAGAGCAUUAUGGGUAGAGGGUAACAGGGAAGAUGGCUACCUUUUUGGACUUGACAGUUUGGUGGAUAUUAUUUCAUCCAUGGUGGCUUCUGACACUUGAACUUUGAACUUUGAAGAUUAUAUAUAUAUAUAUAUAUAUAUAUAUAUAUAUAAAGCAUCGGACGCAACCACUGCUAAUCAGUCAUCGAAAGUUAUGGAUCCCCCCCCACCAGCAUUUAGAGAGAUUUAACAGUGAGGUUUCCAUGACAACUCAACUAUGAACUGAACAUAUGUUGUGAUGCGUGUUACAUAUUGUAUAUAUCGUCACAGCGACACAGCAUUGCAGUGGCCAAACGUUUUUUUGUUGUUUUUUUUUUUACUUUUAAUUAUUUUAACAAACAAUAUAUUUUAAACACACGUGGAACACUUUCAGCCUUGAACAAUGUCAGAAACGACGUCAUUUUUAAGCUAUGCUAUGCCUUGGCAUGACAAAAACACAUUGCUUCUAUUUAAUAUCGGGAUGGAUUUCAUCUUAAAUGUCUGUUUCUGUUGCAUGUUUCUUAAUUCAAAUUUUAUCUUUUUAGAUCAGGGGUUUACUGUGAUUCUUCCCCCCACACACACACUUUUUCAUCACCGUGCACCUGUUACAAUAUGAGUCAAAGUUGUUGUUUUUUUUUUUACUCAGGUUUUGGGCGUAAUUAAAUAUUCAGACAGUUGGCGUUGUUUGAAAGAAUAAUGGCAUUUUUUUCUUAUAAAAUGCAUUCAUUUGAAUGCGGAAAUCUAACAAACUAGGUAAUAGUCUGACAUUUGACCCCAGUGACCUUGAUGUUCACCUGAAUGCUAUCGUUGCCAGGGGCAGUCCUGGAAUCUAGCCGAGCGUGUGCCACAUUUGGUAAAAAUUGAGUUGAAAAUAAAAUUCCAUGACCUUGAUUCUUUAAGAGCAAUUAUGAGGUCAACUUUUAUUGACAUGCUAAGUUUGGUAGAAGUCAUCAAAAGGACCUUGGAGGAGUAGACCAACUAGUAGACACGACUUUGACACUGACCUCUGGCAAUUUUGAGCUGGCUGGACAAUUCUGGGAGAGAACAUUUUUAUGUCAGAUUUGGUGUAAAUUGGAGGGAAAACUUAAAUUUUGGCAUUUGGCCCCAAUGAUUGAUUGAUCUUUGGAAAAUUUGAUCUUGCGUUGGCAAAUUAAAAAUCGACCUCCAAUAUGUGUGCCAAGUUUAGUGCAAAUCAUUGUGAAAAAUUUUAAUUUUGACCAUUUACUCAAUGACCUUGACCCCACUGAUUGACCUUUGGUAUAUUUGACCUGACCUAAGCCAUUCCAGAACCCACCUCCAUACGUGUGCCAACUUUAGUGGACAGUUCACUUUAAAAAAAAAAAAAAAAAGAAGAAAAGAAAGAAUUUUUGACCUUUGACCCAAAUGGAAAAAUGUCUCCUUCUCAU